AUGGCUUCUUUCUCAGUGGAAGAUUUUGUAGGUAACGGAGUUUUGAAGGACUUGCUUCCAACGUUGUUGAAAGAAGGUUGGGAUGAUGUACCAACUUUGAAGAUUAUGAAUAAAGAGGAUACGGAUGCAAUGAACAUGACACAACAGCAAAAGGAUGCAUUGGAAAUCAGGUCAUACCUGCAUGAUCGUGCUCUACUGCAAUAUGGGGAUAAGCUGGAGGCCUCUGGGAAAUGUUUGCCCGAGCUUCUUAGCAUAAGCACUGUGGAUCUCUCCUCUCAGUUUGGGAUGAAGAGAGGUCACAUAGCCCGUUUCGUGGACAGAACCAGUGCAUGUGCAGAUCCUUUGCUCAAAUCAUACGCUCCUCUCACUGCAAGGAACAGGAACAGCAUAGUCUCCAGAAACAAUAGCAAUUUCAAGAGUUAUGCAUCUGUCAACUCAAGGAAGAUUCAAGCCAGUAGUAGUAUGAAUCAUGAUAAACCACUUGAACAAUCACUCGCUGAUUUUAAGAUUAAAGAUGAUCACAUCUUUAAAGGGAUUGUAGCUGCAGGGCCAGCUGAGCCCAGAGCAUGUGGCUGUGUACAACCGCCUCCUGUAGUUGACAGUGUUGCCCCUUAUUCUGCUAUUGAAAACAUCUCAGUUCAGAAACUAACACCAGAGUAUAAGAUUGGGAUGGAGCGUCUGGUGAAAACCAAGACACCUCCAAUGAAGGCUUCAGAAUUAUGGCGAGAUAAACCAGCAGUACUCCUUUGCAUCAGGCGACCUGGGUGCAUCAUGUGCAGGGCUGAGGCUCACCAGCUUUAUGCCAAAAAACCCAUAUUUGAUGCACUGGGAAUUCGACUAUUUGCAGUUCUCCAUGAACAUAUUGAGUCAGAGGUCAAAAACUUCUGGCCUCGAUAUUGGGGUGGUGUUGUGCUCUUUGAUAGGAGUAUGAAGUUCUUCAAAGCUCUUGGUGGUGGGCAGCUACUUAAGGACAGUUUUAUUUCAGGAUUUAUUUUCAAUCCCCGAGCUAUUGCAAAUUACAAGCGUGCAAAAGCUACAGGAAGUGAGCAAAACUUCAAAGGAGAAGGUGAAAUAAAGGGUGGACUCUUUAUAGUUGGCAGGGAAAAGAGUGGCAUAGCUUAUCAGUUCAUUGAGAGGAACUUUGGUGAUUGGGCUCCUCUAGCUGAAGUAAUUGACAUAUGUAGCAAGUUGCAGAACCAGCAGCAAAGUCAAGAGGAGUCCAUCAAAACAUCACAGCAAUAUGAAUGAAGUCUGUGUCCUCAUCAUCCAUGUGUUCUUCAGAUUCACCUUUUGUAUAUUUAUACUCCUCAUAAUUCUAAAAUGGAAAAUACUCCCUUGUCUUUUCGAUUUCAUUUCUGAAAGGUAAUUUAUUUUGGUCAGCAUGCGAGCCCAGGGAGGCUCCAUGAUGCAAAAAAAAUGCAUAUGCCACCCUAGUAAUGUACUGAUUCUUUUGUUACAGAUGUGGGUUGUUAAUUCAUAUGGCAUGUAUUGAUAAAUUUUUGAGUUCUGCAGACUUGCUAAUAACACAUUUCGUGAUCUGCUCUCAA